UAUCUAUUCGAGGAUUCUUCUAUAUUCUGAAACUUGCGAAUCUAUCGAUUAAUUCUACUUUGGAGAUUAGCCAGUUAUAUCUUACGAUAAAGGCUCAAAUUUGUACGAUAAAACUAUAUACAUCAAGAUUCCUCCCGAAAAUCAUCGAAAAAAUAACGUUACCUCUUCUUCAGUCUCCAAACGUGCUCGCCGCCUGCCCAAAUUAGAGAAUUGGAACUACUACGAUUGGAAAAACCUUCUUACCUUCUUACCUAAUUUCCCUGCCACUCAUAAACUUGCGAUAAACCUGACUAGGGAGGUCAGUUCGAGGAAUUAUUAGCAUAAGUUUAAUAAGCGAAUGUCUUCUAAACAGAAGGAAUGCAGAGGUCUGUCGCUUGCGAAGCAUUCAAAAUUCAGCAUAAGUAAUGAUUGAAUACAAAUAUAAAAAUUACAGUGAAAUAUGAUUUUUGAUGUCUGGAAAUUGCCCUGAGAAUUGUUCAAGUUACCCCGCAUACCACCCGCAUGUAUUGCUCGAAAAUUUGCUAUGAAAAGAUCAACUGAACAACGCGGAUAAUUUCAGAGCUUAUAUAAUUAAUGAAGUAUUGGGUGAAAAAGAAAUCUAGCGAGAGAUAAACAAGAAUGCUCGUCAGUCGAUGAUAUUCGCCACGGAGUAAACACGCGUCAUACACUCAUACGCAUCGUUCAGGGGACCGAGGCAAAUCUACGCGUAUAUUCGUAUCUACCUACAUAAAGGAUGCACGCGCGUACAUUAAGCGCACAGAUUAUGAAUAAAUGCAAGUGCGUCGGAAGUGAGAGUGCUCGUGUGUAAUAUAUUCAAUAUACCGCGCAUAGCGUCAAGAAGGCCUGUCAUAUUCGCCGUUCGUUCGUCACACAGGACGGGGCAUAUUCGCAGACGAACUUAUAUUAACUCCGCCAGUGAUAGUGCUGCUGCCAUUAUAUCGAGGGGGUAACGUUCGAGAUGUCGUUAAUCAAAGUAAUUGCGAUUCUCCUUCUGAACGCAAAUUCAUGCCGAUCUGUAAACUACUGCUGUCCCGAAAACACAACAUGGCUGAAUGCAUCGAAUUGUUCCGACGGUUCGUUGUUGCCUAUGCAUUGUACGUCGGGGAUGUUCAAGUUGGAUUCGGCAGCUGAACCGAUAAGUGAAAGGUUCGAAAUAAUCGAAGAACAGAUUGUUUACGAUGACGGAUUGUCAACUACUCCGACGCAUCGAUUUUGCCUGGUGGCUCAGCCGGGCGUGCCGAACGCAUCGAUAGCUGUAAUUUGUUUCGAACCAUUGUCUGUGACGCGGUCCUUGGUAUUUGGUACGCUAUGCACCUUGUCGGCGUUCUUCCUCCUGGUCACUCUUAUUGUGUACGUGGUCCUGCCGGAGCUACGUGACCUCCAGGGUAAAAUCCUCAUGUGUGCCAUGUACUCGCUACUUGGAGCAUAUGUGCUGCUGGGGAUUAUACAGCUUUAUCCCAAUUACGCUGCAGAUGAUGAUGAUUUGUGCAUAUGGACCGCGUUCGUUAUGUAUUAUUGCUUCAUGGCUGCCUUUUUCUGGUUGAAUUUGGUAGCAUUCAACGUUUGGAGAUCGGCCUGGUUCACAAGGUCGGUGAUCAAGGACGAGACACUUUUCUGGAUAUACACCGUUAUCGGCUGGGGUGCACCAAUCGUCUUUCUUACGACCGCGAUCGUUGGUCAACAUACCGAUGGGAUCGUGUUGAAUCCUGGUUUUGCUAUAAGAAGCUGCUGGUUCGCAGGAAGUUACGAAAGAUGGGUCUAUAUGUACGGCCCGGUCGCCUUCCUAAUGACACUCAACAUCGUUUACUUCUCCCUAACAUGCUACCAGCUAUGGCACAAAUAUAGGAGCUUCAGCGGAACAAGACUUGCCGUGAUGAAGUUUAAGUGUAUGCUUUACCUAAAACUCGCGUGGGUGAUGGGUAUUACUUGGAUCUUCGAAGCGGUCUCGUCUACAACCGAACCGGAAUGGUCACACUACUGGCUCGUGACGGAUGUCAUCAACACUCUGCAAGGCUUAAUAAUAUUUCUAUUGCUGAUCGCAUCGCGUAAACGCGUAAGAAAACUUUUGGCAAGAAAGAGACCGUUCGGAAUUAACUUCCCAAAGAGAUGGGCCGCCGGCGAGGACGAGGAAUCCGAAGUAAUUCUCGAGGACGACGAGCAGGAGCAGGAGCUUUCGCAAACGCGUUAGCGCUUCGACUAUGGGAAUCAUGACGCACAAUACCCACCGUGCCGACGACGUCUUACACUCUGAUAAAUGUUUCACGACCCGCGAUGCUACACGCGCACACACACACGGACACCGAUUUGCCAACUGAAGUAAUUAUUAGGUAUGCGAGAUUCGCAUAAUUACCUGCCUACCCAUAUCAUACGCAGUAGAUCGUCUUACAGGCAAUUGCGAAUGAUCCGC